ACGUGACUACACAUCUUACGUAUAUCCUGUUUGUCGGGAGUCAUUUGAAACCAAGAUGGCGGCCCUAAGACUUCUGACUCAAGCGUUGCUGAGGUCUUCUUUAAAGCAAACCCGUCGCCAGUUUUCUGCUGCGGCUGCUGGCGGUCACGGCGAGCAGGCUGCCAGGACAUGGAAGAUCCUCACCUUUGUGGUUGCACUGCCUGGCGUUGCUGUGUGCACGUUGAAUACGUACCUGAAGGAGCAGCAACACAGCCAUGAACAACCAGAGUUCGUCCCUUAUUCGCACCUCCGCAUUCGCACUAAGAGGUUCCCUUGGGGAGAUGGCAACAAAUCACUCUUCCACAAUCCCCACGUGAAUGCCCUUCCUGAUGGCUACGAGGGUCAUGAUGAAUAAAAUCCCCUUCCAAACCUCAUUACAGGUGCUUGGACCAGUAUUCCUCUGUAGGUUUUUCUUUCCAGGACCACACUCAUUUACAGUUUACUUCUCCUGUGUGUUUACCUCUGAACACAAGGGACCUAAACCGGUAGUUCUUGGCUGUGUAAACUAACGCAAAAUGCCAUCUUAACUGAAAUAAAGUAACGUUAUUACCUCCA